AUGAUCGCGGAACACCAUUUGGUGUCGGUACCGGCCCACAUCCAGACUCCCCUGGGAGAGCAGACGCCAGGCCCCCCUGCGGCUGGCACGGCCUGGGGUGGCCCGCGGGCGGCAGAAGGUGGCCAGGGAGGCCAGGCCGGCAGCAGCGAGGAGGCCGGGCCCCACAGACGGGCCGCGGGCUCGCACCUGGCCGCUGUGCCCACUGCCGACGUGCCCGUGGAUGCAGGCACUCCCGCCCCUGUGGCCACGGAGCUUGAGUCUCGGGGAACAGCCGUGUCUGGGCUGUGUGGGAGGAUGCACAGAGCAGAGCCGGGCAGAAAGUGCCGGAUUCGGUCUGACAGCGGCAGUACCCCACUGGGAAGUGAGAAAAAGGAGGCCCAGAGAGGGACGGGCGGCGGGAAGGAAGCGGCCUCCGUCAGUGACAGCGGCCACAAGGUCGCGCCCACCCCCCCCAACAUGCUGCGGGUCUUUGGCCCCAUCGCACCCGCCCUCCACUGGCCACCACCUUCUCCGAUACGGCCCGCUGCCCGCGCUGGCGGUCAGGGUGGGCCUCCCGUGGAGGACCAGGGCGGCGUGGGCGUCUGCCCCGAACGCACAUCCCGUGCUCCCCGGUCAGCAGCCCUGGGUUUCAUUACCCCCGAGUGCCCCCCCUGGAAAAUACCCCCAAACUGUGUGGGCGUGAGCAGGAGUCAGGUGGACGAGGUCUGGGGACAGAACCCGGUCAGCGCCAUCCAGCCCGGCCCUCCUCCGGCCAGACCGCUGUGGGGUGAGGCGGCCCCGAUGCACCGCCCUGGGCCAGGCGCCCGGAAGGAGAGAGCCCUGACGCAAGUGGCCGCCCAGCCCGUGCGCGGCCAGGCGGACACGGCCAGCAGCCAGUCGGGCCCGGUGCGCCGCGUGGGGCCGCCAGGCCCGUCGGGACCCCGACCCGGGCGCCGCAGUUCUGGACCCCCGGGGACGGCUCCUUCCCUCACUCCUGGCACAGCCGGCUGGCUGGCCUUUGCUGCCUGUUCGGAUGCUGCCCCAGCGUCUCCAGCCCCCCCUCUGCCCGUGUGGGAGCAAGGGCCCCUCCCCCAAGUAUGGGACGGGCCCGUCCGCUCUGGGCUGUGGGGACUGCCCGUCCUGAGUGCGGGGCGCACUGGGCAGCUGAGGCCGUACGGGCUCCGGAGGGAGCUUGCCGAACCCCCCGCCACACGGGAAGGGGUGCCCCUGAUGGAGGAAGUCGAGCGGGUGCUGUUUGGGGCAGAACCCCUGGCCCAGAUCUUCACCUCGCAGAGGGCUCAGAGCCGCUCCCGACCCCGCUCCGCCCCAUUCAGCCCGGUGGCAGGGCUCCCGCGGGCCCGGGACCGCGGGGAGGGGGCGCCUCACCCCUUCCACGGCCCCGGGCCAGUGCACCCGAGGCUGUGGCCUGGCCGCGCGGACGGCCCCCCGGGGGACCCCGCGCCCGUCGAGGUCUGGGUGCUGCCUGCCCGCUCGCCCGGUGGACCUGUGGGCUCGCCGGGCCCCGCUCCCCCGCCUGCCAGCUGCCCCGGCCGAGAGGCCCGCCGCGGGCAGGACGGGGCAGCCCCCCGCCGGGCCGGCAGGGCCUCCGUGCAGGCGCCACAGGAAGGCCUCGGCUGCUGCUCGGGUCCCUGA